AGCAAUUAAAUUGGAAUGGCAGCUUUGGUUCCCAUGGAAUACUGCUGGCUCCCUCACUGCUCCUGUGCCGAGGCUGGUGUUCAGGAUGGGAAUUUGUGUGCCAAAGAAAAAGGAAUUUUUAGGCUACUAACUUUAUUCCCACGAAUCGGACUUGUAAUAGGAAGGAAAAUCUUGCGAUGCGUGUUUGUUAUGUGGCUGCUUCCUGUUGUCCCCGAGCGGCCGUCAGGACAGGCAAUGCAGGGCUUCGAAGGAGUUUGUAAAUCCCCACAGGACUCCCGAGCUGAGGACUUGAAUACUAUCUAUUCUUUCCUUCAUGGGCUGGACAUACUAUCACACUUCAGGGAACAUCAGCUAAGAAUAAUGUCAUCGAGUGCCCGCUAUGAGAGGUACAAGGGCAACCAAGUUCUCUUUUGCUCAGAAACUAUUGCAAGAUGCUGGUAUAUCCUGCUUUCUGGGUCUGUGCUCAUGAAGGAUUCAAUGUUUUUGCCACCUUGCAGUUUUGGCAAGCAGUCUGGAGGAAAGCGAGGAUGCGAAUGUAUCAUAUUGGAACCUUCAGAAAUGAUUGUGGUGGAGAACUCUAAAGACAAUGAGGAGAACAUCUUGCAGAGAGAAGUGCCGCUGCGGCAGUCCCGCCGGAGGUACCGGAGGAUCAACCAGCGGGGCGAGCGCCAGACCAUCACGGACAACGUGGAUUCCAGCAGCUACCUGUCGCUUCCAGCUGACCUUACCAAGAUGCAUCUCACGGACAACCCUCAUCCCCAGGUGACGCACGUCCCCUCCAGCCAGUCAGGGUGCAGCAUUGCCAGUGACUCUGGGAGCAGCAGCCUGUCUGAUAUUUAUCAGGCUACAGAGAGUGAGAUGGGAGAUGUUGAUUUGACGGGUCUUCCGGAAGCACCUGUAGAUUCUGAAGAUGAAGAAGAGGAGGAGGAUGAAGAUAUUGACAGAACUUCUGAUCCACUUCUAGGGCGAGAUGUUGUCCGAGAGUGCCUUGAGAAAGAGCCUGCAGAUAAAACUGAUGAUGACAUUGAGCAAUUGUUGGAAUUCAUGCAUCAACUCCCCGCCUUUGCAAACAUGACCAUGUCUGUGAGGAGAGAACUGUGCUCAGUGAUGAUAUUUGAAGUUGUGGAGCAAGCAGGAGCCAUCAUACUUGAAGACGGCCAGGAACUUGAUUCUUGGUAUGUUAUUUUAAAUGGCACAGUAGAAAUCAGCUAUCCUGAUGGGAAGAGUGAGAGUCUCUGUAUGGGAAAUAGUUUUGGGAUUACUCCCUCACUGGACAAGCAGUACAUGAAUGGAGUGGUCAGAACCAAAGUAGAUGAUUGUCAGUUUGUGUGUAUAGCCCAGCAAGACUACUGGAGGAUUCUGAACCAUGUGGAAAAAAACACUCACAAAGUGGAGGAAGAAGGAGAAAUUGUGAUGGUGAAGGAGCACAGGGAGCUGGAUCGCAGUGGAACCAGAAAAGGACACAUAGUUAUCAAGGCAACACCCGAGAGACUCAUCAUGCACUUAAUAGAGGAACAUUCUAUUGUGGAUCCAACCUACAUCGAAGAUUUUCUUCUAACAUACAGAACAUUUCUAACAAGUCCCUUGGAAGUUGGAAAUAAACUCUUGGAAUGGUUCACAGUGGACAGCCUCAGGGAUAAGGUUACCAGAGUAGUGUUACUGUGGGUGAACAAUCACUUUAAUGACUUUGAAGGAGAUCCUGCCAUGACUCGAUUCCUGGAAGAAUUUGAAAAGAACUUGGAAGAUACGAAAAUGAAAGGCCAUCUCAGAUUGCUGAAUAUUGCCUGUGCUGCCAAAGCAAAAUGGAGACAAAUCACCCUGCAAAAACCUUCAAGAGAUUCUCCCCUGUUUUUCAGCCUUCUUGGAGGCAGUGACAAAGGGUUUGGUAUUUUUGUAGAGACUGUGGAGAUAGGCAGCAAAGCAGCAGAAGCUGGACUUAAGCGUGGUGAUCAGAUAAUGGAAGUAAAUGGACAGAAUUUUGAGAACAUUACCUUUGUAAAAGCUCUGGAAAUCUUAAAGAAUAACACACAUCUCUCCAUUACUGUGAAAACAAACAUUUUUGUGUUUAAGGAGCUGCUGUGCAGGAUAGGACAGGAGAAGAAUGGAAUUCCACAUAUUCCAAAAAUUGCAGAAAAGAAGAACAACCGUUACUCUAUCCCAGAUAUGCCUGGAGAUGUGGAACAGAUGUUUCCCCGUGAAAAAGGAAACAAGAAAAUGAAAGCAAACACUGUAUCUGGUGGAAGAAAUAGAAUCAAGAAAAUUUUAGACAAGACCCGUUUCAGCAUCUUGCCUCCAAAACUGUUCAGUGAUGGCAGCGUGAGCCAGUCCCAGGACGACAGCAUCGUGGGGACGCGGCAGUGCCGGCACAGCCUGGCCAUCAUGCCCAUCCCAGGCACCCUUUCAUCUAGCAGCCCUGACCUGCUGCAGCCCACAACCAGCAUUCUGGAUUUCUCUAACCCUUCAGCUGUUGGCUUUUACUAUAUUCCAGAUCAAGUGAUCCGAGUUUUCAAAGCAGAUCAGCAGAGCUGUUACAUCAUCAUCAGCAAAGACACUACAGCAAAGGAGGUGGUGAGUCAUGCUGUCCAUGAGUUCAACCUGACAGGAGCCCCUGAGACCUAUUCCCUGUGUGAGGUGUCCGUCAGUCCCGAGGGGGUCAUCAAGCAGCGGCGCCUCCCGGACCAGUUCUCCAAGCUGGCUGACAGGAUCCAGCUCAAUGGACGGUAUUAUCUGAAAAACAAUAUGGAAACAGAAACCUUGUGCUCAGAUGAGGAUGCUCAAGAGCUACUCCGAGAGAGCCAAAUUUCCCUCCUGCAGCUGAGCACCAUUGAGGUGGCCACUCAGCUGUCCAUGCGGGACUUUGAAUUGUUCCGCAACAUCGAGCCCACGGAGUACAUCGAUGACCUUUACAAGCUGGACUCCAAAACAGGGAAUGCUCACCUGAAACAGUUUGAGGAUGUCAUAAAUCAAGAGACCUUCUGGGUUGCCAUGGAAAUUUUAGCAGAACCCAACCAACUCAAAAGAAUGAAGAUUAUUAAGCAUUUCAUUAAAAUUGCUCUUCACUGUAGAGAAUGCAAGAACUUCAAUUCUAUGUUUGCGGUGAUAAGUGGGUUAAAUCUUGCACCAGUAGCUCGUCUCAGAGGCACUUGGGAAAAGUUACCCAGCAAAUAUGAAAAGCACCUCAGAGACCUUCAAGAUCUUUUUGAUCCAUCUCGAAACAUGGCAAAAUAUCGCAACAUCCUCAGCAGCCAGAGCAUGCAGCCUCCAAUUAUCCCACUUUUCCCUGUUGUCAAGAAAGAUAUCACUUUUCUGCAUGAAGGCAAUGAUUCUAAAGUGGAUGGCCUGGUAAAUUUUGAGAAGCUCCGGAUGAUUGCCAAGGAAAUCCGCCAAGUUGUCCGAAUGACCUCUGCAAACAUGGAUCCAGCUGUGAUGUUCAGACAAAGGAAGAAGAGGUGGAGAAGUUUGGGGUCUCUGAGCCAGGGCAGCAUGAACUCGAACAUGCUGGACGUGCAGGGAGGGGCUCACAAGAAGCGCGCCCGCCGCAGCUCACUCCUGAAUGCCAAGAAGCUCUAUGAGGAUGCCCAGAUGGCCAGGAAGGUGAAGCAGUACCUGUCCAACCUCAGUGUGGAGACAGAUGAAGAAAAGAUCCAGAUAAUGUCACUUCAGUGUGAGCCUGCAUACAGCACUUUGACAAAAAAUUUAAGUGAGAGAAGAGGAGGGAAAUCCUCUGAAAUGUCUCCGGUGCCCAUGAGAUCCAUUGGCCAAAGCACAAAAACCCAUCAGCAUCAACAAAACCGAAUGAGUCAAGUUCUUCAGGUGCCAACUGUGAAUUUGUACCCCAGCAGGAAAAAGGGGCUGACAAAGGAUCAUGUCACAUUCAGUACAGGCUCUCCACAGAAGUCAUUAAGUUUGUCUGAGGAAGUAAGUAGUAAGAAACAAACAGAUGACACUAUGUCCAUGGCAUCUUCUUUGCACUCCAGCCCACCUGCUUCUCCUCAGGGCUCCCCACGCAAAGUUGGCAACAUCCAAAGGUCGGAUAACUGCAGUCAGAUUAAUCUCUCUGGCUCUUCCUCAUCACUGGCCAGUGAAACCAGCAACAAGAACAGUGGACAGCGCAGCUAUGGAAUAGGCUAUGCCCUCAUACCUUCCACUAAAUCCGACAACUUCUCAGACUCCAGUCACAGUGAGAUUUCAUCCCGCUCCAGCAUCGUGAGCAACUGCUCUGUGGACUCCAUGUCAGCAGCGCUGCAGGACGAGAGGGCUUUGUCCCAGUCCCUCCUCGUGGUGGAUUCAGGCGGGGCAGAGAGGAGGGAGCAUCCUCAGGCACUGACAGAUUACGGCCAGCCCUGCCCAGGCUGGUCCAUCACUAGGCCUGCUCUGAUCAGAGGGAUGGCAUUCACAUCUUCCAUGAGCAGCGAGGAGAUCUCCCAUGAGCACAUCACGGUAGAGGCAGCAGACAGCGGCCGGGGCAGCUGGACUUCAUGCUCAAGUAGUUCUCAUGACAAUUUCCAGAAUAUUCCAAACCAGAAGAGCUGGGAUCUCCUCAGUUCUUACCGUCACACCCAGCUGGACGGACCUAUAGCUGAAGUGGAUCCCACAAACUGUUACUCUGAGGAGGGUUAUUUGUAUUCCGAAGCCUUUUCCAAAGCCAACAGGCAGUCGAAAGCCAGCAUGGAGCUGGAUCAGUCUCGGCAGAGCUGGGCAUCCUCCAGCUCCCUGUCAGACACUUACGAGACAAACUAUGGGACAAUUAAGCGGAGGGGGCUGGAGAACUCGGCGGAGCAGAUGGAGGCUUUGGACUCUAAAGCAGGCACUGAUACAACUUACAAAACUGUUACUUCGAGUACAGAAAAAGGCCUGAUAGUGUACUGUGUCACCUCACCUAAGAAGGACGAUAGGUAUAGGGAGCCACCGCCCACCCCUCCGGGAUAUAUGGGGAUUUCUUUAGCGGACAUUAAAGAAGGAUCGCCCCACCACCCACACCUCAAACCUCCAGACUAUAGUGUGGCAGUGCAGAGGUCAAAGAUGCUGCACAGUGACCUCUCUAGACUGCCACCCGACGCGGUGGCCUGUGUCUCCUCGAGGAUGCCUCAGUGGCACGGCCGGCAGCCAUCCAGCCCCAGGGUAGCAGAGCUGCCUGACGCAGAUAGUGAAGAGGAUGAAGAUGAACAAGUAUCAGCAGUUUAACCCUUGGGCUAUUUAUAUGAACCACUCACAACACAAAGGAUGUGGGAAAAGGUCUCAUGGUUCUGUUAGGACUGCUGACAACUUGCUGCUACUGACCUCAGACCUUGCCUUUGUCCCAGACAAAAUGGAACGGGUUGGAUCACCUCUUCACACCUUCCUUCACUCUGCCACCACCACCUAAGAAGCUAUUUCUACACAUGAAAUAGAAAACCCUGUUCAAGGAAUGUGCUGACUGCCUGGGUACCAACCUGGGUACCCAGAGAUGGACCUAGCUUCGUGCAUUGGGGAGGACCAGUUGUCAUCACCACUUGAAACUUGGGAGCAUUUUUCUGUAUGAUACCAUAUAAUCCUUUGGUAGUUUCCAUUGUUGUUAUUUUCUACAUGACAGUUAGAAGUCUGAGAGUGUUAUUUUAUGAACUUCAAAAAUUAUAUCAAAAUGUCAGCAAAAGCAAAUGAUGUUGCUGAAAUAUCUGAAAAUAAUUUAUUAAUUUAAUAUUUUUAAAUGGGAAUUUCCUUUUCGUGCGUUGGGAGUGCUCUGGUUGGCUAAUAUAAAUGUUUAGUCAAUGUGACAGUAAAUUAGCUACACAUCAACUGUUGUGCUCUCAAAAUAAACACAGAAAAGUAGAAACAGGUGCAGAAAUUUAUAGAUUUUAGAGUGGGUUUAGAUUUAAUAUGAAUAGAGUCCAAUGCCCUGCAGAGCAAUGUCUGUCAAGGCAGCACUCCUGCUGCUCCCCUCCCACAUGGACACAGCAGAAACCUGUCCAAGGAUUUUAGAAAUUGUUUUAGCUGCCAGCCAACUAAGGCAACAGUUGGUGCUCUCCUCCCCUGUUAAGGAAUGUUUGAAAUGUGAAGCUGUAGCUUAAGGGGGGAGCAUCUGGGGAGAUCUGAAGUUUUCCCAAAAGAGUUUUAACCAGGUUUUGCCUUGCAGAGUUCAACAUGCAAAGCAUGUUCUAAAACUCAAAACUCCAGCUGUGUGUUGUGGUUUUUAAGAUCAUCUCACAUGUCCUGGCCUUUUCCCAGAGUUGCACAGGGUUUUAGGUGCAAAGGUUAUCUUUGAAAAAAAAAAAAAAUUAGAAAUCACCUACAUUUCACAAUAAAAUUUGUGAAACUGAAUAAUAAAUGACACAGUGCUUAUAGAAGAGCAUAAUGCAUUUAAUGAUGGGUUAAAAACCCUCUUGCUUUUAUCUGGAAAAUAGAGAUAAUCUCAAACUAUUUUUUUUAAAAAUCCUAAUUAAAAAUCCUGGUGUUUUUUAUGUCAAUGAGAGUUUUGACUUACAGCCAGGCAGUAUUAACCCAUGAUCCUCUAGUUUGAUUAUGGUCAAAAGAAUUGCUUCUUUGAUUUUACUUUUAGCCAGCCAGAGUGCAGAGGGGUAGAACUGGAAAUGCCUGCAGGUUUUCUUUCUCCUUCUUCCCUCCCUUCCUUCCUCCCUUCCUUCCUCCCUUCCUUCCUCCCUUCCUUCCUCCCUUCCUUCCUCCCUUCCUUCCUCCCUUCCUUCCUCCCUUCCUUCCUCCCUUCCUUCCUCCCUUCCUUCCUCCCUUCCUUCCUCCCUUCCUUCCUCCCUUCCUUCCUCCCUUCCUCCCUUCCUCCCUUCCUCCCUUCCUCCCUUCCUCCCUCCCUUCCUUCCUUCCUUCCUUCCUUCGACACCCCAUUCAAGUGUUAAAAUCAGACAUGAAUGUGUGAAUAUGUAUUUAAACAUUUAAUUGUAAAUCUUUGUUGUGAUGUUUACAGCCUAAGCUAGAAAGAUGAUGUUUGUCAUUUUUACAGUGCCUCAAAACUGAUUUCUAUAUCCAUAGUUGUGGAGAGCUUUAAGGUUUUGUUUUUUUGGUUUUUUUUUUUACCUAUAUGUGUGCAGAGGUGCAAGGUGAAUGCAACAUUUUUGGAAAAUUCCACAAGUACCAAAAACAACCCAAAGCCUUUGAUGUGCUUUCUCCAUAGUAGCUAGGGGCUGAUGCAGCCAGGUGGAUGAGAAAGACCCAGCCUGUGUCUGCCUUCAGAGCAGUUCCAGGUUCAGCAUUGCCUGGAAUGUACCUCUCACCAUUGGAAUUGGGAAGGUGUAAAUGAACAGUGAUGCUGAGGAAGAGGAUGCCUAAUUUAUAACUCACUGGUUGGCUGUAUAAAUUUUUGGCACAAGUAUCAGAGAAGGAAAUGGUUGAAAAAAUACAUUAAAAUCAACUUGAGGUAUGGCAUAAUACAUGCAUUUUGCUUUCUCAAGGCCUUAAUGCUUAUAAUGAACCUGCACAGGCCUUAGUGACUAAAGAUUAAUGUGUCAAAGCAGUGCAGGACAGAGUGAGUGUUUUCAGCUCAUGCAAUAUUGGUAAUAGAACUCUUGAACUGAUAUUCCUGUGGGAUGUAAAUCCAGGUCCUGCCAUCCUAUUGUCAGCUGUAGUUAGUUGCUUGUUAACUUCUGCAUGGAAACAACAGGCUUUGUGUUCCAUCAGAAAUCAUCUGUGUUGUAACAGGCUUUGUGUUCCAUCAGAAAUCAUCUGUGUUGUGCCAGGUGAAUGAAGCCUUGGCCCUGGGGGGGAGCUGCAGCUUAUUCCAGCCUGUUGAACAAAAUAUAGGGGAUGGGGGUCACUGAAGUGGCUUCCUUUUACCCCAAAACCCAGUAGUGCUGCCUUGGAGGACGCAGGGAAGCCCCUGUGAGGAGCAGGGUCGGGGUCUCCUGGCAGUCAGCAAGAGCAGCUGAAUUAAUCACCCAUCCAAAGAUGGUGUUUGAUGGUGUUUGCACACCAACAGCAUCCAUCUGUUCCACGGGGCUCGGCAGACACUAAAAGUUCUGGAAUGAGUGGAAGUCUUACUAAUAAUAUUUUCCUAAUAGCCAACACAGCUGGUGUACAUAAAUCAUGCAUAAAUGAUGGACAGAUGAGCUACUCCUGCUCCUCCUGCCUCACACAGUGUGGCUUCUCUGCUGCUUCUUGCUGGGCUUUCUGUUUGUUUGUUUGUUUUUAACUCAGCCGAUCACGUUGAUUGGGGCCAAUAGCCAAGUGGAGUGUCUGGUGUGGGUUUGAAGAGACAUUAUCCCUUUUUUUGCUAAUUCAGACAGAAGCAAUAUGGUGGUUAGUUCCUGUUGUACACUGCUUUGUUGAAGUGAUGUCUUCUGGACCACAGAUUCCUGACUCAGUACCUCUGCUGGGUUCUUCUAGCUUGGGCUCUGAUGCUGAUGAACAGUUAAGGUGCCUCACGUCAUGUUCUUCCACUGCCAUACCUGGGUUUGCUCACUUCCUGCUCAUUCUUUGCUUCUGUCUUGUUGGUGAAAGAUGCAUUUCAGAUUUCUGUGAUGUAAGCACACAGUGUUUUGUUAUAAAUCUUAAACUUCCAAAUAAUUCCUGAGAAAGCAGUGUAGUUUUCUAAAAUUGAAUUGGCCUCUCCAGUUGCAGAAAGGGGAAAAUGAGAUCACUGAGCCUCUGAGCAUCAGGUUCAUCUCCCAAGUGCCCAAAAGAAUGGAAAUACAAUGGCUGUGAAUGUUUGCAGUUCAUGUUUUUGCAAUAUGGACAAAUUUUGAGUAUUUGCCAGCAAUGGGCAGUGUGGGACUUUCCUGGCUCCUUCCUUUUGCCUUUACUCAGAUAAGUUUGUAGGUUGGCCUCACCUUGAGUCCUGUGUGUGAUUUUUGGGCACCAUGAUAUGAAAGACAUGAAGCUAUUAGAGAGCAUCCAAAGGAGGCCAGGAGGAUGGGGAAGGGUCUGGAGGGGGUGAGGCCUUAUGAGCAGUGGCUGGGGGCACUUGGUCUGUUCAGCCUGGAGGAAAGGAGACUGAGGGGAGAGAGAUCUCAUUGCAAUCUACAACAUCCUCCUGAGGGGCAGAACUGAUCUCUCCACUCUCAUGAGCAGUGACAGGUCAUGAGGGAAUGGCCUGAAGCUCUGUCAGGGGAGGUUUAGGUUGGGUAUUAGAAAAAGCAUUUCACCCAGAACAGCUCCCCAGGGAAGUGGUCACAGCACCAGCCUGGCAGAGCUCAAGAAGUAUUUGGAUAAGGCUCUCAGCCACAGGGUGGGAUUGUUGGGGGUGGUGCCAGGAGCCAGACUUGACAAUCCUGAUGGGUCCCUUCCAGCUCAGCAGAUCCUGUGAUGCCAGGUGAGUGAUGCUUCACUGGAAGGGGGUCAGAGCCCAUUGCUUGGGAUGGGCUGUGCUGGGGGCUGUCUGCACCUCUCAGAGGCAGAGGAUGUCCCCAGGGGCUGAAUGUACCAGUGAUGCCACUUGCAGAGGGGCCCGUGGGGCAUCAGGGGUGUUCCAAAACUUCUUUCAUCAUGUCCUGAAUAAUUUUACUGCAGGCAACAGUGAAAAUACAACCCUGUCAUUUAAGUUUUUAUAAAACAUCAGAAUUUUUGAAGGAUAAACUUGCCACUGCCUUUGCAAAAAGAAAAGAAAAAAGGGAUACUCUCUCUUUAGAAAAGCUUUACACAUUAUAUUUUAGAACGCUUGUAUAGAGGGUAAUCUAUCUUGAAUUCCCAACCCAGCUUUUGCUUCUGUUGUGCUUUUUAUUGUUUUAUCUUUAUUUCUGAUAUACCUGGAAUGCAGUUUAGCUUGGUAUUAAUUAAAUUCUAAAUACGUGAGCAUAUUGGCAAAACUGCACAGAUGUAAUGAUAUUCCAAUAGCAAUUGUACUGCACAAGUCAGUGAUUGUAAAGUAUUCUGUAACAAGCAAUGUUUGUCUCCUAUUUUUUGAUACCUCUUACACUUAUGUCUUUUAGAAAGACAGUGCCUCUGUAUGCUUUUUGUAUUUUUACUGAGUGAUUGUAAAUAUUUGUUAUAUUUUUGGUUAAGAGAAUGUUUAAAAGUACUGUUUAUUAUCCAAUCUAUUAAUAUGUUGGAAUCAAUAAACAAUCAACAUGUA